CGGGCCGCCGCCGUCCCCCUCCGUUCUGCAGCGGCACCGCGAUGUAGGGCCCGGUGCGGGGAAAGGCCGGGGCCACCCGGUGUGGCGGGGGCGCGCCGUGGGCGAGGGGCGGCUUGGCCUAGCGCGGCCCCCCCCCCCCACUUCCCCUACGGCGGAGGCCCCGCGCCAGGCCCUGGCCGGGAGUGCGGUCGGGGCGGGGCCGCGGAGCGGGGCCGAGGGGCCGGGCCUUCCCCCCGCCCCCGGCACGUGGGUCUCUUCCUGUCAACACCGCGCCGCCGCGGCCUUCACCCUGCCGCCUUUCGCGGCCCUGCGUGGGGAGUUCGAGUUCCGGAUGCUUUCCCUGCGCUUUCUGUGCUUCUGGUGAAAAGCCUUUUUAAGAGGGAAAACGUCGUUUCCUUGCCUGAGGAUCGAUAGGGUUUUAUUUUACUUUGAGGCCUAUUUGUGCUUGUUUUUAGCGGUGAAGCUGAUUUGGUUGUUUGGUUGAGCCAAGCUUGAACAGGGGUAGAUGCCUCCACCAUUAUGGAGGUAAAAAGCUAGAAAUGUGGAAUGAGGAAUGGUGAUUCUGAAAAGGUCCUGCACAGCUCGGUCUCUUUGGUGAAUUCAGUAACAACUUUCUGUGUAGGAAGCUGUGUCUUGUUAGCCUUGUCAAUGUUUUCUUUAUUUUCCUGCAUUUCUUCUUUUCUUGUAUUCAACUUGGCUCCCUCCUCUGACAUACACAAUAUUAUCUACCUGUGGUGAGAUGUCAGAAUUAGUAAGUAGAAUCACUGGAUAUGUAUGAACUUUGCUCUUCCAAAAGGGGAAACUUUGUUUAGUGGUUUAUUUAUUUAUUCUUAAAACUGUGUACCCAACUUUCGAUAAUGUGGUAUGAUUUUUCUGGUGACUACAAGCUAGCAGUCAUCUUAUUUUCUUGACAGGAGUGAAGUAUCUUUCCACAUAUCUAGUGAGAGGGUCAUUAAGACCGACCAGAAAUGGAUGUAUGGGGCAAUAUGUUUCUCUACCAUGUUUCUCUUCAAUUGUUUCAUUCUUGGUUGAGUCAGCAGUCACUUUUCUUCUUAACCAACUUCUAAGCUCCAGGGAGUUCUGUGUUAAUUGUCUUGGCUUGAUAUAGGAUACAAAAUCCUUUUGAGCCAUUCCCUUAGAGUCUGGGUUCCAAAAGGUGCAGAAAUGGUGUGGAAAAAACAAAUUUCAUUUUAGGACUAAGUGAAUAUACUUGCAAACAGGCAUCUGUACAGUACAGGGUUCAUCGUAUGAAAUAAUUUUCUUUUGAGGGUACUUGGAUAUAUAGAUUUUGAAGCCCCGUGAAUUAAAAAGUUUGUAUAGGACUACUGUGAAUAUUAGGCUGAUGCCAGCCGAUACCCUGAAAAUUAUCAGGGGUGUGUGCAGAGCUUGAAAGAACAAUAAAUUAAAAAUGUAAUUUCUAAAUUUUUUUUUAAGACUUCCUGUCUUUAUUUUUCUUGCUGUCAGUGAUGGGUUUUGUUAUCUGAACAGAUCAAGGCUGCCUUUAAAAGGUGUAGCUUUUUGAAGUGGGAUACAUGGAAUGAGGAUUGCAAACCUCCCUGCAAACAGGAGACACAGGGGUGCAAAACAAUGUGGUAAUCUUUGAUAGAAUAAGAAGUAAUAUUUACUUUUUUAUUGUUUAACGUUUAAUCUCAUUAUUAAGCUCUCUACUAUUUAAAGAAAAAAUGGAAAAAUAAGUAGAUCUUUCCAUUAAUAGAAUUGUUAAUUACUUUUGAAUCACUGGAUAAUAUUUCCACUUGCUUAAAUUUAUUUAUUAUUCUGGAAUCAUAUUGUUGAUAUCUUCCUCAGGCUGAAUUACAUAACAUUGAUUUAGCUUUAGGUCCUUCAACCACAUUUUCCAACUUCUUAAAACAAACUUCAGCUCCUUUUGAGAACAAGGUUGGAGGAGGGCAAGGUCUUUCUGCCUUUAGAAAGAAUUAAAUCAUCAGGUUUGGGCUAUCUUCAUGUUUGUAUACAAAAAUGCUGGGUUUUGAAGUUUGGCAGAGAAUUGCAUUUUAUUAUCCCUAUGAAAUUAUAUCUAAAUUUUGACGUGGUUGUUAUAAAUUGUAAAAAUCAGUUUACAUGUCCUGAGUAACAACUUUGUGAACACUUGUUUCCCUUUUUCAAAAAGGACAUAAACUCCAAAGAUUCUGUUUUUCACAACUUUGUCCUAGGAUUGGGCAGCUUUGUCCUGGUCAGGCUCUGAGUUUACAGAUGAUGCCUGAGGUGUUCCAGGUCGAGAAGAAACAGUUGGCUGGAGUGUAGGAAGUGCAACAGCAAAGAGGAAAUGAAGUCAUAGAUGAGGUUAUGACAUCUGGUGAAAGCUAUGACUGGAGUUGGUGGAGAACCAGUGUUUAGACUAUUUAUGGAAGAGGAGGAAGAAGCUGGAAGUGUGCGAGAGACUGGGGAAAGAGCAGUAGUAGACGUGGAUCUCCUAAAGAACUGUCUUUUGCUUGAGAAAACUGGGCAAGGAGACAGAGAUGGGGAUUGAGAUCAGAUCUUGAGCCCAGAGGUGGCGAAGAGGAACUGGAACUAGUUUGGUGAAAAAGGGCAGAAAAGGCAGAAAACCCACAAGGAAUUAAAGGGGAGUAAGGAGAGAAUGGAGAAGAAUUUGAAAUAAAAAUAUGGAAAUUAUAUUUCACGGAGUCAUAAGAAACAAGGCUAUGAAUUUGAGGGGGUUAAACUGACUGGGGUAAAACAGAGUCAGAGGACUGGGAAUUCAGAAAGAGUAAGAAAGUAAAAAGAGACUAAGAAACACUAGGUAGAAGACAGAUGAGCUGGAACAGCAUAUGCCUACAAGCAUAGACUAGAACUCUCGUAACUUUUCGAACUGGCAAGUAUCAGUGAAACCAAAUGAUAAAACUUACUCUUUUUGCUCCUUCAGCUACUAUACAGCAGAGGAGAUGACCACAUGUUUCUGUUCUGAAACAAUUAGGAAUAUUAGCAGUAAAAUCCACACAAGGGAAUUUUUGCCAAGUUUUUGGUUUCUUCUUGGAGAGCUACACAGGUGUAAAAUCUUAAUAACAUCAGCUUCAGGAAAUGCCACAAUGAAAGUUGAUUGAAAAGCCUCACUUAGCCCCAUCCCCCAAUGUGUUAUGAAGGUCUGUGACUGCGUAUUAACAGUAUUUUUUUGCCAAAGAAUCUUAACUUUUCACUGCAGGUUAGUUAAUGUAUAAUGAAUGAGUAUCUGGUUAAAUGUUUGUUUUCACCUCAUUUUGUGUGGCUUCACAUCUUAUUUAUAGCAAACAAGUUAAAAUGCUUUGAAACAAGAAUAUUUGCUGGUUUGUUUGUGGUGUCCCCCUCCCCAUCUCCCUACCCCCAUUCUAAGUUCCUGUGUUCAUCGUACAAAUGGUGAUAGCACAUAAGUUAGUAUGUAUUUUACCUUAGGCUUUUAAGAUACUCUCGCUUUGUAUAUUGAGGCCUGAGUCACAGACAUUCAGGUUAAAAGUAUUUUCUGCUAUGGAUACCUAUUUUCAGAUGGCAAUGACAUAAUACAAGUCACUUUUCAAAGAGUUAUACAGGACUUUACAUUUAAAAACAUAACUUUCUUUAAAUUGCAGUUGUGUGGGGUUUUUGGGGUUUUUUUGUUUUUUUUUCUGUGGACCAAGGGUAGUAGUCACUUAAACUCUCUUUUACUAAUAUCAAGUAAAAACCUUAUGGUGCAGACAGGGGAUAGAAAUCAGUUUUUCAGGAUAUUAUGUGAUUGCUCUGAUGCUGUACUUUGUUUUCCUACAGGCUGCUGCGAAAGGCAUUACAUGCCUUGUGCUAAAUAGGUGGAAAAGAGAAAAUACUCAACCCAGACAGGAGCCUAAAUCCUGGUGUUUCCUAACUUUUGAGUGUUUGGCAUAACAAAUUGAAGAAAGGAUUCUUUUUGGAAAAUGCCAAACCGGAGGUUUGCUGAUGGCGAGGUGGUGAUGGGCCGUUGGCCAGGAAGUGUCCUGUACUAUGAAGUACAAGUGACUAGUUACGAUGAUGUUUCUCAUCUUUAUACUGUUAAGUACAAAGAUGGGACUGAACUUGCAUUGAAAGAAAGUGAUAUAAAGUCACAGUCAUCAUUCAAGCACAGGAAGAGCCAGUCCUCUUCAAGUUCUCCCUCCAGAAGAAGUAGCAGCAGAUCUCGAUCUAGAUCUCCUGGUCGGCCAGCAAGAGGCAGACGUCGUUCUUCUUCCCAAAGCAGAGAACAUAAAGAUGACAAAAAGAAAACUAUUCAGGAAACCAACUUAGCUCUACUGAAACCAAGUGAGAAUAACACCAGAAGGUACAAUGGUGAACCUGACAGCACAGAAAGAAAUGACACAUCCUGCCUAAUCUUGGAGCAAAAGUCAAAACCAGACCUGGAAAUAGAGCGCGUGCUUGAACAGUACAGCUUGCGUCCAAGAAAAGAAGAGAAGAAAAAAGAAGAGAUAUAUUCGGAGAAAAAGAUUUUUGAGACAAUAAAAACAAUUGAGAAAACAUCAUCAAAAACAAAGGAGCUAGAGUUUGGUGGAAGAGUCGGGACCUUCAUGCUGAUAUUUUUCCUGCCUGCUACUGUAUUCUACUUGCUGUUGAUGUGCAAACAAGAUGACCCCAGUAUUAUGAACUUCCCUCCUCCUCUCCCAGCACUUGAAAGUCUUUGGGAGGCUAGGAUGUUUGGUCUUUUUCUUCUGUGGUUUUUCCUUCAAGCUCUGUUUUACUUACUACCAAUUGGAAAGGUUGUAGAAGGCCUGCCCCUUUCAAAUGGAAGGAAACUGCAGUACCGGAUAAAUGGGUUUUAUGCUUUUGUUUUGACUGCUGCAGCUCUUGGAACUUUAUUAUACUUUCAAUUUGAACUUCAUUAUUUAUAUGACCACUUCAUGCAGUUUGCAGUGUCAGCUGCAGUUUUUUCUUUGGCGUUGAGCAUUUAUCUGUAUAUUCGGUCCCUGAAAGCACCUGAGGAAGACCUAGCACCAGGUGGAAAUUCUGGGUAUUUUAUUUAUGAUUUUUUUACUGGACAUGAAUUAAACCCUCGUAUUGGCAGUUUUGAUCUCAAAUACUUCUGUGAAUUGCGUCCAGGAUUAAUUGGCUGGGUUGUUAUAAACUUGGCAAUGCUCUUGGCUGAGAUGAAGAUACACAAUCAAAGUAUGCCAUCUUUGCCAAUGAUACUCGUGAACAGCUUUCAGCUUCUGUAUGUGGUGGAUGCUCUUUGGAACGAGGAAGCUAUUUUAACUACCAUGGAUAUUACCCAUGAUGGAUUUGGAUUUAUGCUAGCAUUUGGAGAUUUGGUGUGGGUUCCAUUUGUCUACAGUCUGCAGGCCUUCUAUUUAGUUGGUCAUCCUACUGCAAUUUCUUGGCCUGUUGCUGCUGCAAUUACUAUUCUGAACUGUAUUGGGUAUUACAUAUUCCGUAGUGCAAAUUCUCAGAAAAAUAAUUUCCGAAGGAAUCCAGCAGAUCCCAAAUUGGCCUAUCUGAAAUUUAUACCCACUGCAACUGGAAAAGGGCUUCUUGUCACGGGUUGGUGGGGUUUUGUUCGUCACCCUAAUUAUCUCGGUGACAUCAUCAUGGCUCUAGCAUGGUCCCUACCCUGUGGUUUUAAUCACAUUUUACCAUAUUUCUACGUGAUAUAUUUCAUCUGCUUGCUUGUUCAUCGAGAAGCUCGUGAUGAACAUCAUUGUAAGCAAAAAUAUGGCUUGGCAUGGGAAAGGUAUUGUCAGCGUGUACCAUACCGCAUAUUUCCUUACAUCUACUAGAGUACUCCAGAUGCCUGAUUUGCAAAUUACUUCUAAAGUUAGUUUCUUUGCAAAUAAAAAUAUACCUCUUACCUUUGCACUUGGUCUAUUUGUUAUUUAGGCUUUUUUUUUAAAAAAAAAAAAAAGUGACCAAACAGUGGAGUGCAUCAACAGGUAUUUACAAGUAACUUAAAUAUGUGACUUAUGUGAACUGACUGUCUGUGACUUCAAUUUUUAAGAAAUUGUGAAUUUUCAAAAGUCUUGGAGCCCUAAUUUUUCAAGUUAAAUUUUAUCUAGAAUCCUGAGUUUACAUUUUUAUUGCAUUUAAUUAAGCACUGUGAUGUAAAGUAUAUUAUUUUCUUAAUACAAUAAAUACAGAAAUUCCAUCCAGUUCACUUUUUGGUGUUACUUGUACCAUCUAACUUCAGAUGUCUGACUUGGUUGCCUGAAUUGGAGGAGCAGCAGAGUCUUUUUGGUCAGUGGAGCUGGAAGCAGAGGAUUUGACCCAUGUGAGGGGCCUGUGCCGCUGGCAGCACUGCCCUGCAGCCCCAGGCUCAGAGCUGGCACAGCUCAGCUGGGGUGCUUGUUGCCCUCCUGACUUUUCAUUAAUGGGAUUUUUUUUUGGUCAGGGAGGCUCAGGUGGCCCGUCCUGCCUAGCCCUUGCAGGAGGAACAGAGGGAUGGGAUGGGGAGGAGAAGUGAAGGGGCGCAACUGUCCCCUCCCCUCCCGUCCCAUCCCUGCGUUCCUGAGGCAAUUUCAACAGGGAGCGAGGGGGACUCUGAGCUGCUGCCUGGCAGUGCCCCUGACCCUAGAGAGCAGCCACGCUUCUGGCUCAGGCUCCUGAAGGUAGAUGAUACAAACACUUGUUUCAGCUGUGGGCAGAGCUGUGGGAGUGAAUAGUGAACCCUAAUCCUGCACCUGGCAUUGAACACAGGGUAGCAAAAGGUGCAGUGUAUGUGUAUCUGACAGAAAAGAAGUACCACAGUUGGCUUAUUCUGCUCUUUGUAAAUUAUGUCUUAAUGUACCAUAGCGUUUACCAAGUGUGUAUAAUAAAGCUGCCACAUUUUUGCUGUACAGUGUUUAGAUUUGAAAACGCGAUAGCUUUUUUUAGAGACAGGAGAAAAUCAGUAACUAAAUCCAUUUCCAGUAGUCUUUUUUAAAAUGCUCAUUGAAUAAAGGUUUUUGUAAAUUAAUGUAUUAAUUCUUGAAACAAUUGAAGUGUCCAUUUAAAUACUUGUAUUGACACAUGCUAUGAAAAUACAGGAAAUGCUCCUCAAUCCAAAGUUGUUGUUUUUUUUAAUUUGGCGUUGCUACCUCAUAUGUAGGUUUUGCAUUUUGUACUGUUGCAGAUAAAGAAAAUAGCUAUUUUUUUGCUAUUGCUAUUUAAAACAACAUUUUUUACAUGAGCCUGUGGUUGAACUUGACCACUUCCUAAUAUAUUUUUGUAUAUAUUUGACUUUUUAACUAAUGUAUGUGUUUUAGUCACUAGUUUUGUUCUUUGUCUAACUGGCUGUAAAUCAGAUGCCCUUGCAGUAAGUAGAAUAUCUUAUAUUUUACUGAAAUAAUCUUGCAUUAAUUAACUAGCUUUUAUUCUGUCGUCACAACUAAGAGCUUUUCACAUACUUCAUCCAUGAAGUUUAUAGCACAAAUUGUCCAAAAAAGCUUAUUAGAAUCCUAAAUAUAGUGCAGGUACCUCUACACUUGCUUGCAGGAAGGUUCCUAAUAAAUCUGAAUGUUGCUAUUAUUCAUCAAUUAUUUUCAAUUCUUUUUAACAUGUUGAUGUAAUUGAAAUCUAGCACAUGAUUUUUUUCUUAGUAAAAGAACCCUCUAUUUUGUACACAGGCAUUUUUUAAAGAUGAUUGUACAUUUGAAGUGUAUAUAAUGUAGCUCGAUUGUUACAGUCUCCUCUGAAAAUCUGUAAGGAAAAUGUUUUAACUACUUUGAGUUGUGGAAGAAAAUAGCAGUGCCUGUAACAACGCCGAAGAGCAUUUACUCCUGUGAAGUAGCAGAUUAAACUGGGAUACUGUUUUCCAUGGUUGCUCAAUGGAUUAAUGGGAAAUAGAGCAAUCAUUUGACUGCGCCAGUUUGCAGCUGGUGGUUUCAAAUGUACUGAAGGUGCGGGGACAGUUUAACUCCUCAGCCUGUAAACCAGGAGAUGCUACUGCCAUCCCAGUUUUAUCUGUUGUCACGCAAGGUUGUUAAAAUGUAAUUCGAAGCCCUUGUCUUUCAGAAACAGACCUUGACCGGUGAUAACUUCGGUUUAUUUACAUGCUGAGUUUUAUGUGAAAUUGGUUUUGAAGUAAUUGUUUUUAAUACAAACCUAUAAACUAAAAUAAAGUUUUUGCUUAAUUUUAA